AUGCAGAGUCAGGACGUGUUUGGGGGAUUUGGCAACCGCUUUGCUUCUACAAAAUUUGGGACUGAUAAUACAGGCUUCAGUCAUGGCGCGUACAAUUCGAACCACACAGGCUAUCCAUUUCCUGAUCGCAACAUGAGAAAGCCUACCAUUCCUUCGAUUGCUACUGCCACGAAAGAGCAACAACAUAGUUAUAAUGUCACCGAGCAGACACCAGCUACCGCUUUUGAUAUGAAUUUCACACCUUUGUUGCCUUCUCAGCUCUUGCUGGGCAGCCCUUUCCAGCCUGGUUCUCCUGGUGCCUUCGCUUCUCCCCAGUUUCCCACCUUCAAUCGCUUUGCUCCGGGAACAAACGCUCUUCACACCCAAACGCAGCAGUAUCAGCAAAACCAGCAUGCUCAGGCACAGCUCGCAAGUCCCACUCAGCCCAGUGCCAAUCCCCUCUCGCCGCAGGCGUACCAAACGGUCAUGUCGCCUGAAAGCUAUACAGCACAGUCCCCCACCAGCUUCAGUGGCCUAGCUGGGGCAGCGUUCGGACAUUACCAACCCAUGGUGGGAAUGGGCAACUCGUGGAUGACUGGAACAAGUCGCACGGUCUACUUGGGCAACAUUCCAGCGGAUACAUCUGCAGAGGAGAUCCUGAGUCACGUUCGAAGCGGUCAGAUCGAAUCCGUCAGGCUUCUACCCGAAAAGAACUGUGCGUUCAUUUCGUUCUUGGAUAGCAGCUCUGCGACGCAUUUUCAUUCAGAUGCCAUCCUGAAGAAGCUCUCAAUUAAGGGUCACGAUAUCAAGAUUGGCUGGGGGAAGCCGUCUCAGGUGCCUACUUCAGUUGCCCUGGCUGUACAACAGUCAGGUGCUUCGAGGAAUGUCUAUCUGGGCAACCUUCCCGAGGAAAUCACUGAACAGGAGAUUCGAGAGGACCUGGGUAAGUUUGGACCCAUUGACACCGUCAAAAUGGUUCGCGAGAAGGCGAUUGGCUUCGUCCAUUUCCUUUCCAUCAGCAAUGCUGUCAAAGCCGUGGCUCAGCUGCCACAGGAUCCCAAAUGGGGCCCUCCCCGUCGGGUUUACUACGGCAAGGACCGGUGUGCCUAUGUUUCCAAGACGCAGCAACAGAAUGCAGCACAAUACCUGGGCAUCGCCCCUGGGUACGCUCACGUUCUCAAUGGAGCCGACCGCGAUUUGAUAUCCAAUGCUCUGGCGCAGCAAUCGGUAGCGGCGGCUGCCGUUGCCACGACUGCGGGUGGUGUCAACAAUCUCGGAAAUCGAACUGUCUAUCUUGGAAAUAUUCACCCAGAGACCACCAUCGAGGAGAUUUGCAACGUCGUGCGUGGAGGGCUCCUCCACCACAUCCGAUAUAUCCCCGACAAGCACAUCUGCUUUGUGACAUUUAUUGACCCCACGUCUGCUGCAUCAUUCUAUGCUCUGAGCAACCUUCAGGGGUUGAUGAUCCAUAACAGGCGGUUGAAGAUCGGCUGGGGCAAACACUCGGGAGCCCUUCCGCCCGCCAUUGCUCUAGCCGUGAGCGGAGGAGCCUCGCGGAAUGUGUAUAUCGGUAAUCUCGACGAAAGCUGGAGCGAAGAACGGCUACGACAAGACUUUUCCGAGUACGGUGAAAUUGAGUUGGUCAAUACCCUGCGGGAGAAGAGCUGCGCCUUUGUCAACUUUACCAACAUCGCCAAUGCCAUCAAGGCUAUUGAGGCUGUCCGGCAACGGGACGAGUACAAACGGUUCAAGAUCAACUUCGGCAAAGAUCGGUGCGGCAAUCCUCCACGUCAGAACCUGAACAACGCCAACGGCAACCAGUCGCGUCUUCAGAAUUCCAUUGACAGCGCUGGUUCCCCAGCUGGGAUGAAUGGAUUUGACCAUGCUGUGUCGCAGUCAGGCUCUAGCCCCACGAGGUCAGCUAUUCCAACAGGCCCCAAGGCUUCAAUGGGGCCACAGUCUCAAGUUGCUCCACGUCAGCCAGCCCUGACUGCGCCAACACCGUCAGCAAUUCUAAACGCAGGCAGCAACAACCCGCUGACAAUGUACCUGUCACACGUGUCGCAGCAGCAGGCUCAAGCUGAACAGGAUUUGCGGGACGAUUCCUUGACAUUUGCCCAGCUACAGCAGCAACAGAAUCAGGCUUUGGCGAACCAACAGGCGGCGCUGUACGGUGAGAUGCCGAACGGACACAGCGGACUGGAGAUGCCCACUCCGUCGCACAUUCCUCGACAAAGUAGCAUCAGUGGCGGAUUCAAUUCGAACUCUCUGAGCAAUGGUGCGUCCACCACCGUUGGAGGGCUCCUGGCCCCUACGAAUACUGGACUGGGAGCCAGUCGGAGUGCCCAUUCUCGAGCAGUGUCGCUCCCAGCGUUUUCGCAAGAGCUUUUUGGCAGCCAACAGUCUACCCAGCCAGGCCCGUCGUCAUCACGCGGCUUCGGUGGACAUGCGCCUCAGGGCAGCUUCGGCGGGUUUGGAUCAGUUUUUGGCACUGGCUUCGGGACCAGUGGGUUUAAUGGACUUGGAUUGACGAGCGACAGCCGUGGAGGUCUCUCCGGCUGGGCUGAGGAGGAAAUAGGAGCAAAAUAA